ACGGUGCAGGGAGACAUCGACAUCAUCUUCAAAGAGCUCAACAUGCGCAGCGUCCGAUUGGUCAGAGACAAAGAGACGGACAAGUUCAAAGGGUUCUGUUAUGUGGAGUUUGAAGAUCUAGAGUCUCUAAAAGAAGCUCUGACGUACGACGGAGCUCUGCUGGAUCAGAGGUCACUGAGGGUCGACAUCGCAGAGGGACGAAGGCAAGAGCGAGGAGGAGGAGGAGGAGGAGGAGGAGGAGGAGGAGGAGGAGGGGGGUUCGGCUUUAGGAAAGACGACGCCAGAGGGCGAGGAGGUUCUCGAGGAGCUCCCAGGGGAGGAGGAGGUCGUGACUCCAAUGAGGACUUCGACCAGCAAGGAGGAGGUUUCAGAGAUGACGACUUCAUGGGAUCACGGAGUCGGGGCGGCGGCGGCAGUCGAGGUGGAGACAGAAGGGGGGGAGCCGGAGGACCGGGAGGACCCGGAGGUGGAGGACCGGCUCGCUUCAGAGAGGGACCCCCCCGCGGAGGAGGAGGAGGAGCAGGAGGAGGAACGCCGGACUUCAGGGAACCGUCUGAUGGUGACACAACUUCCAGUUGGGACUUUUACUUGUAUUUCAUUUAGUUUGGUAGUCAUGUAAAGUUAGACUUCAUUAUUUAGUUUCAGGAUUUUGAAAAUGGUGUCUCUUCAGUUAAUGAUUUAGUCUUCUUAAAUCAGUGGUUUAGUUUUGUGGUUCUUAAAUCAGUGGUUUAGUUUUGUGGUUCUUGAAUCAGUGGUUUAGUUUUGUGGUUCUUGAAUCGGUGGUUUGGUUUUGUGGUUCUUAAAUCGGUGGUUUGGUUUUGUGGUUCUUAAAUCGGUGGUUUGGUUUUGUGGUUCUUAAAUCGGUGAUUUAGUAUUGCGGUUCUUGAAUCGGUGGUUUAGUUUUGCGGUCCUUGAAUCGGUGGUUUGGUUUUGCGGUUCUUAAAUCGGUGAUUUCGUAUUGCGGUUCUUAAAUUGGUGAUUUCGUAUUGCGGUUCUUGAAUCGGCGGUUUGGUUUUGGGGUUCUUGAAUCGGCGGUUUGGUUUUGCGGUCCUUGAAUCGCUGGUUUGGUUUUGCGGUCCUUGAAUCGCUGGUUUGGUUUUGCGGUUCUUGAAUGUUGAGCUCUUUGAAGAUGAUGUCGAUGUCUCCCU